AUGCCGGGACAUGUGGCGUUCCGCGCGCUCUGCACCAAGGACAAGCUGCUGGCGGCCUUCGGGGAGCGCCCCGUGCGCCUCAGCACCGCCAACACCUACUCGUACCGCAAAGUGGACCUGCCCUUCCAGGAGUACGUGGAGCACCUGCUGAAGCCCCAGGAUCCAACGGCGCUGGGCAGCGACACCCUCUAUUUCUUCGGAGACAACAACUUCACCGAGUGGGGCUGUGGGCACCAGCACGAGGCUUUGGGCCCCCUGCGUGCUGGCAGCCGUGUGCCUGGGCAAAGAGGGCUCUCCAGCAGCGCCCUCUGCCCAGGCUCCGGCUCCGGCGUUCCCUUUCACUGGCAUGGCCCCGGUUACUCCGAGGUGAUCUUCGGCAGGAAGCGCUGGUUUCUCUACCCGCCGGAUAAGGCGCCCCACUUCCACCCCAACGAGACGACGCUGGCCUGGCUCCAGCACACGUACCCCACGCUGCCACCAGAGGAGCGCCCGCUCGAGUGCCGCUCUCUCCCGCAGGUGCUGUAUUUCCCUGACCGCUGGUGGCACGCCACGCUCAACCUGGACACGAGCGUCUUCAUCUCCACCUUCCUGGGCUAGGGCCAGCAACGCAGCUUGCCCGGC